AUGUCCUCAACUAAGGCCUGGAACUGCUCCUCAGUGACCACAUUUAUCCUCCUGGGGUUUGCAGACCAUCCAGAACUCCAGGCCCCCCUCUUUGUGACCUUCCUAAGCAUCUAUCUUGUGACACUCGCCUGGAACCUGGUCCUCAUCUUUUUGAUCAGAGCUGACCCUCAUCUGCACACACCCAUGUACUUCUUCCUCAGCAACUUGUCCUUCAUCGACAUCUGCUAUUCUUCGGCAGUGGCUCCCAAGAUGCUCACUGACUUCUUCCAGGAGCAGAAGACCAUAUCAUUCUUGGGCUGUGCUGCUCAGUUUUUUUUCUUCGUCGGCAUGGGUCUAACUGAGUGCUUCCUCCUAACUGCUAUGGCAUAUGACCGGUAUGCAGCCGUCUCCAGCCCCCUGCUCUACCCUGCCAUCAUGUCCCCAGGCCUCUGUGCACGCAUGGUGGUCGGGGCAUAUGUUGGUGGCUUCCUGAGCGCCCUGAUCCAGACCAGUUCCAUCUUUCGGCUCCACUUCUGCAGCUCCAAUGUCAUCAACCACUUCUUCUGUGACCUGCCACCAGUCCUGGCCCUUUCUUGCUCUGACACCUUUCCCAGUCAAGUGGUGAAUUUCCUUGUGGUGGUCACUGCUGGGGGGACAUCUUUCCUCAUCCUCCUCAUCUCCUACACUUACAUAGUGGCUGCUGUCCUGAAGAUCCGCUCGGUGGAAGGCCGAAGGAAAGCCUUCAGCACAUGCGCCUCGCACCUGACGGGGGUGACCCUGCUGUUUGGGACCUCCCUCUCCACGUACCUGCGGCCCAGCUCCAGUUACUCCCUCGGCAGAGACAAGGUGGUGUCUGUGUUCUACUCGCUGGGGAUCCCCGUGCUGAACCCUCUCAUUUACAGUUUGAGGAACAGAGAGAUCAAAGAUGCCCUGGGGAAAGUGUUGGAGAAGAAGAAAGCAUUUUCCUAG